AAAGAAAAUACACCACAGGAAGUGCUUGUUCAGGAAAUGAUAUCGUUGUCGUUCUCCGUUCGUUUGUUGAAGUCUCAAAACGGGGUCUGAAUGUUGAAUCUGGCGUGAAGAGAAAAGUCAGCCAAACUCUCUCCAACUCGGCGUGUUCUUCGCGGAUACUGGACUUCGAAAACAAGCUCCAGGUUCGUCUCUCAACUGAGCGAGUUUCGUCCUCGUGAGCGUUAGCCUUCGAAGCUAACUCGAAGCUAGUUAGAAGGCGAGCGUUCGCUGCAUUUUCCCGAUAAAUACAACAACUGUAAGAGUGUGACAAAGUGAGCACAACAAAUAAUGGGUUCCUCCAAGAAACGCAAGGAAAAGAGUCGCGACAAGGAAGCAGAGGAGCGCCGUCGCGAGCACAAGAAACAUCGGCAUAAGGAACGCGAGAGGGACAGGGACGCCUCGGAUCGAGAUGGAGCUCGAGACAAACGAAAACGCUCCAGGUCCAGGGAAAAAAGCAGGCGAGAGAUUCGCGGCAAAGGCGAGAGAAGCAGCGGGGAGCCUCGCAUCAAGAGAGAGCGAGUUGAUCCUGGACACGAGGAAAGCAGCGCCCUGGUUCAGCCCCAGAGUGCCAGCGGAGACGCGUCUCUCAGCAUCGAGGAGACAAACAAACUCAGGGCCAAGCUGGGUCUGAAGCCCCUGGACCUAAACGAGGACAAGAAGGAGCUCGGUACCAAAGAGGAGCCGAUGGUGGCGGAAACCAUCAACCCCGUUGUCAUUCAGCAGCAGAAAGAGAUGAGAGAGAAGCUCGCAGCCAUGAAAGAAAAACGCCUUCUCAAUCAGAAACUGGGCAAAGUCAAAACACUCGGCGAGGAGGACUGGUUGGACAGCACAACCGCCUGGAUCGAAAGAAGCCGAAAGCUCGAAAGAGAAAAAGAGAUGGCGGAGAAACGAGCCAAACUCCUGGAAGAGAUGGAUGAAGAGUUUGGCGUCAGCAAUCUGGUGGAAGAAGAGUUUGCUCAGAGUAAACUGGAUUCUUAUUCUUCUCGAGAUCUCAAAGGCCUCAAAGUACAGCACAAAGUCGAGUCCUUUAAGGAGGGCCAUAUUACUAUCCUGACCCUUCAAGACAAAGGUGUUCUUGAAGAGGAGGAAGAUGUGCUGGUAAACGUGGAAAUGAUCGACAAGGAAAAAGCUGAAAAGAACGUGGAGUUAAAAAAGAAGAAGCCUGACUACAAGCCCUACGAAGAAGAGGAGAGCGUCGACGACAUGGUUACAUUUAAAUCCCGCUCUGUGCUGUCAAAGUACGACGAAGAGAUUGAAGGCGAAAAGAAAAAGAGCUUCAGGUUGAGCUCGUGGGGCUUUGCAGAUGGAGAGCGAGAACGAGAGCUCCAGGCCAUGAAAGAAACGCUACGAAACCAGGCCCAGUCACUGGAAAUGCCCGCUCUGUCUAUUGCUUCAGAGUAUUACACCCCUCAGGAAAUAGUUGGCUUUAAAAAGACUAAACGCCGCGUGAAGAAGAUAAGGAAGAAGGAGAAGCAGCCAACAGUUGCAGACGAGCUCCUUGAUGACACGCGCAGCUCUGACUUUGGCUCCAGGACACGCGGUCGUGGCCACAGACAGGUGGGUGAAGAUGGCGACGAAGGAGAAAACGAGUCUGGGGAGACGAGAUGGCCACAUGAAAUCCCACAAAUGUCUGAUGACAUAAGGAUGGCAGAGAUGGACAUAAGUGAUGAAGAUUUUGAACCGCCCGAAUCCACUGUGAUUGAGGAGGACGAGGCAGAGCAGGAGCUGCAGAAACAGCUGGAAAAGCAGAGGAAGCUCAGACAAAAGCAGCUUCUCAAAGACUCCGGGGAGAAGGUGGCACAACAGAUUCGGGCGUUUGGUAAAGGUGACCAUGACAACGAGCACGAAAAGAAAAGCAACAUCGUCUUCAACGCCACCUCAGAGUUCUGCAGAACUCUGGGCGACAUCCCAACUUAUGGACUGUCUGGCAACAGGGAGGACCAAGAAGAUAUUAUGGACUUUGAACAGGAAGAAGAGAAAGAAGAUGCUGGAAAUUCAGACUCUGAAACGGACGAGAAUAUCGGCUGGAGCACAGUCAAUCUGGAUGAGGAGCAGCAACAGGCUGAUUUCUCCACGGCCUCCGCCACCAUUUUGGAUGAAGAGCCCAUCGUCAACUCCGGCCUCGCAGCUGCAUUGCUGCUGUGCAAAAACAAAGGCCUCCUGGACACUCAGAUGCAGAAGAUAGCUCGUGUUAAAGCGACAAAGGGCUCUCUGCCAAAUGACAACUACUGCAUCGAGGACAAGAUGGGCUUUGAUGACAAGUACAGUCGCCGGGAGGAGUACAGAGGCUUCACACAGGAGUUCAAGGAGAAGGAUGGCUACAAGCCUGACGUCAAGAUCGAGUACGUGGAUGAGUCCGGGCGGAAACUGACCCCAAAAGAGGCUUUCAGACAGCUGUCUCAUCGAUUCCACGGCAAAGGGUCUGGAAAGAUGAAGACUGAAAAGAGGAUGAAAAAGCUGGAGGAAGAGGCGCUGCUGAAGAAGAUGAGCAGCAGUGACACUCCUCUGGGGACGGUGGCUUUGCUUCAAGAGAAGCAGAAAUCUCAGAAAACCCCGUACAUUGUGCUCAGUGGGAGUGGGAAGAGUAUGAAUGCAAACACCAUCACUAAAUAAAUACUGAGGAAAACUGUUUUCUAUGUAGUACGGAGACAGACAUGCAUAUAAAUCUAUCUUAGGGUGAUUUACUUUGAUUUAAGAAUUUGUCAAUAAAAUGUGUGCAGGUGUGAAACCAGUUGUCCUGUAAAUUAAAACAAAAGGAGUAAACAAUUAUAAACAAGUUGUUUUUAAGGUGAUUUAUGAUCUUUACAUGAUGUCUGGUAUAAAUUUCACCUUGGAAAGAUAACGCUUUGAAUUAGACUUAAAAAAAACAUUACUGGUGCAAAUACUUAAGGCUCCUAUAAUAACAUUGUUAGAAUUUAAAUAACAUUUAGUACAGUAUUAAACAUCAAUGGCUGAAUGUUUUUCAAAAUUGGUAUCAAGAUUAAAAAAUUACUUUAAAGGCUACAGGUACAUCAGUUUUGUUUUAUCUAAUUUGUGUUACAUGUUAAUUUGGAUGGUAAUUCUGUACUUUUUGUUUAACUAUUAGUGUCAGUACGAUAAGGUUGUAUCUCCUUAUUUGGACUGAAAAUAGAAAAUAAAGCAUUUGAAGUCAACCUUGAGUUUC